AUGAAUUAUUUGCAAAUCCUAGUUCUUGCUUUCGGAAUACUCGCUCUUUCCACAAGUAAGACUACUGAUGCCCAAAGAAGCCAAUUCGCUUGUGGAUUUAUGUCUGAAAUCCCAAGUGAUAAGAUUGAGAAAAUGCAAGUGAGAUUGGCUAAAGAAGAGAUCUCCAGUGACAUCACAGUCGCAUUAAAUGACUUAACUUUGGGCAAUUUCUCGAACAUUCAAGACCCAGCAUUUGACUUGUACCAGAGAUGGCAAAAGACUGCUAAGAUACCUUACAAAAUAGACAGAGUUAUUGAAGAUUCUUCAUUCCAUAUUGGUCCCAAGCUUAAGGAAAUCAAGGCACAAUAUAAGACAUAUAUCGAUAGUGGUGAUUAUUAUAACGCUGGGAAACUUCUUUUCCACAACUUGGAGAUCUUAUUUAAACUGAAGAGAAUGGAUAGGUAUAAUUACGUCUUAGACUACGUCAGAUUCUUCAAUGGCUUCCUCAGAGCGACACUCACUACAGAAAUUGAAAAGGUCCAAUACUGACUUAAUGAUGCUGAUGUGAUCUAUUCUGAUAUUGAUACCAUUAUCAGAGAAUUUAUGAUCAAUUUUGACAUCGAUAAUCUUACAGUGCAUGUGUCUAAGCUAAUAAAGGAUAUGCCCAAUGCUAUUAAAGACUGCCCUCAGUUGACUAUAGAUUUCCCUAAAGUCUUCACAAAGUGGAUUAAAAAGCUUGUAGACAUCAGAUCGAUCCCAGUAAUGAUCUUCAAAGCUGCUUUAAACUACAGACAAAGAAUUUGGAAAGCAGCUAAUGCACUUGUGUAUAACUGGAGAAGUCUCAAUUUUGAACAGUCUGGUUUUGAAUGAGGAAGUCUCCCUCAUAUAGUCUUUGACCUCUGCACUAUGCCCAAGAAGGACAAGUUUAAUGACAUCAAGUACUAUCUUCCUAGAGUUUAGAAAGGAAAGUAUUGCCAACAUA